CGAGAGUGCCGUCGACGGGCCAGCUGGCUUUAUUCUUGCUUCCACCUGGAUAUCCUGAAAGAUUUGUUCAUUUCACAUAUGAAUUCAAAGAUAAACAACAGUAUUCCCGAGGAGUUUUAGGAAUUGAGGAGCAUUGAAAGAUUAGAGAAUGGCUGAUACCCGUGUAGAUUAUUACAAGAUCUUGGAAAUAGAUCCCUCCGCCACACAGCAGAAAAUCCGUGAUGCCUAUAAACGCGCCGCCCUCAAGCACCAUCCCGACCGCGUACCCGCAGACUCCCCCGAUAGAGCCGCCCGAACGAAGAAAUUCCAACAGAUAAACGAUGCGUAUUACGUUCUCUCAGACCCGCACAGGCGCCGUGAGUACGAUGCAGCACGUCGCACCUCGUCCUCGGCGGGAUCAUCCUGGGCCCACGAGCACCCUCCCCCGCAGGCUGAGUCGUUCGCUUCCGACCAGUUUGGAUCGAUGUUCGAGGAGAUGCUUCGAGAGGAAGGUAUGUCGGCCAGUGAAGCUGAGGCCGCCGGGGGAUAUCUAUGGUCCAUCGUAGGAGGUCUUAGCGGCGGUGCUAUAGGGUUCAUUGUUGCGAACUUCCCGGGAGCUGUGGCGGGAGCAGUCGCAGGAAAUAGGCUUGGAGCGGUGAGAGACAAGAAAGGGAAGAGUGUCUAUGAAGUUUUCCAAGAGUUGCCGCAAACGGACAAGGCUAAGAUAUUGAGUCAGUUAGCCACGAAGGUCUUGCAGUCAGCCGUGUCAUAACGGCUCCGCGUAUGGAGUUUUGGUUACUAUGUUAAACGGGACGGCGUUUGUUAGGAUGGUACUCGUUCGUCGAAAGCACCGCGAUUACCUUUUUUUUU